AUGAUUUUCCUUUGGUAAUGAUUCUGAUGGUUUUUUUUUUUUGAAGUUUUAUGAAAAAUAAAGAUCAGAAAGACUGUACUCGCGAGUCUUAGCCAGAUCCAAAUGAAGAUUUCAACUGGAAACGAAGGAAAAACUCUUUUUGGACCUUCUUCCUUGUUACAAGUCAAUUUCCCUGAAAGUUCGUCCUUCAAUAAUUUAAUAGAUAUCUAAACAAAUCCACAGUUUUUUAUAAAAAUUUUAACCUCUGUCAUCUUUUUCUUCAAAAAAAUUUUUUUAUACUUUUUCCAAACCAAAAAAACCGAAUUAGCUGACGGUGUGUCAAUUAGAUCUAAAAAGUAUGAAUAAUCUUGAAAACAAUAGCUAUAGUGAAUUCUUUAAAACUUUUAUAUUCAAAUGAGACCUUAUAAAAUUAGACCCUUUCAGCCAAUAGAAAUUAUGAACUGUUGAAGAGGCAGUUUAGUUUUCCAUUGACUUUUGAGAAAUCGCCUUUAAAAAUAAUCUUUUAACACUUUCUUUGACGAAUUUCAAACGUGGCCUUUAUCUUAAUCCGAAAUGACACUUUUUUGUUUGUGAAAGACAAAUAAUUUCCGGCGUACUUAUCUUAAGGAAUUCCGAAAUUGACAUCAUUUCCCGGCAUGAUUCAACCACAAGCCGAUGAACCAAUUCUUUUCCAAAAGUUGAUGAGUAAACUCGAUUUUCAGUCUUCGCGAUUCGCAAUUGACCGACUACGAUAUCAGCGACUUUAAUCCCGUUGAAGUUUGUUUUUUUGUCUUUUUUAGGCAAAUAUAAGGGUUUUAGGCCAGUAAUGAUGGCUCGGCUUGGCAAGAAACUCAUUUCAACGCCCCUCAGGCCAUUCAGGAGCAACAUCGACGAACGACCGCUGAUAGUGACGAUUAUGUCAAAGUUUGAAUAACCCUCCUAAAUUCUUUUACGGAUGUGUUUUUAGAUAACUGAGCCCAUCUACGACUACCCGCCAAGAAAUGAAAAGGCGAUCAGUCCACAUGAAGCUGCUCAGUUGCAGGUUCUUUUUUUUUCAAUAUAAUUUCAAUAUUUUUUAAGAUAACUCUUCAUUGAUAAAUGUAUCCUUCCAUCGGAUUUUGAAAACCUAUCAAAAUAUUUUUUUUCAAGGAUUUCAACUUGUAGAUUUCCGAAACAUUGAAGAGUUUGAAUUUUGGAAGGCAAGAGCGAGUUAGAUUCAAAAUAUUUUUCUUAAAAAAAUGUGUUCACAUUUUCAGGCAUAAAAUAAAUUUAAAAAACAAAUGUAAUUUUCAUUCAUUAUAAGGAACGAACACAUUAUUUAAAAAAGUCAAAAUUGAAAUAAAAUUAAAAAGAAAUGAUUUUCCGACCGAAAAACAUUCAAAAAAUUGUGUCUUCACGGUUUUUCCAUGUCUAUUUUCUCAAACCACCUUCAUCGAAGGUCACUCUAUUUUUUUCUUUCAAUCACUUUUCUUCAACUGAUCUCACAGGAACUCGCCCAAGAGUACGAUUUCGGUUUGGACAUCCCUGGAGUGGCAUCUCCUCCAGUUCAACAACCUCAGCCAGCUCAAAAGGAGCUUGAGGUUCAGCACAACGUCACUUUUGUCGAUCCCUUCGGUCGACCCAUUCAGCCUUUUGAGGCGGUACCUCCGCCGCAGCAAGUCCGAACUCAACAGGUCGAGUUUUGAUCUGAAUAGAAAAAAUUUAACCGAUAAGCGCCUCGACGGAAGGAAGUUGUUAAAAAGUUGAAGAAAUCCAUAAUCAUUUAUAUCCUCUUGGUCUCCAAAAUGGGGAUCUGCUCGAAAUUUUGUCAUGAGUAGAGUAUAGUUUAAGGUGGUGAGCAAAGUAACGGGGAAGACUUAUAUGAUCUAGCCGCGUCUUUUUAACCCGCAAGAGGCUGAAUAAACGGCCAAUGUAUCUAAUAAUAUUCAAAAGAACCUUCUUUAUCCACUAUAAAAAAGAAAAUUUCGAAGUCAUCUGGACUGAAGACCUAUCGAAGUAAAUAAUAUAGCUAGGCGCCUAAUUUUUCCUCAUUUCGCGACAACACUUCAGUGCAGAAUUUAUUCUAUAGAUCAAAUUUUCAUAGAAAUUCCUGGUUCUGCAACAAAUUGGACUCGAAGAAAAUCAAUCGAAAAGAGCUUUUAGUCGAAAUUAUUUUUAAAAAAGUCCUGCUUCAUUAUUCGCGUUUUAGGCGUCACCUCCCAGACCGGCUGAUCAAAAUGUCAGAAAUUUGCCGAUCAACAUCCAAAGAACUUUUGCUGCGCCUAAUCAACAACAAAAUGCACAGCAAACUGUUCAAAUCCAAGUUUUAUCAUCAUUAUUUCGUUCCCAAGACUCAAUUUUUUAGGGAAAAGAUGACCCGAAAAACCUUGCCGAUGCUGAAAUGUUCGUCCAAGACGCUCUGGAAUAUCUCGGCAAUCAAGAUGUAAUAAAACAUACUGAUGAAAAGUUAAUUAUAAGAGAAAUAUUCUAGAGAAUGGGUCAUUCUGGCGGUUUUGUAAUGGAGGAAGAGAUGUUGAGCAGCCAUGGUGGAACCGCCCAAAAGAAGGUUUGAAAAAUAGGCAGAGUAAUGGAAAAUAAUUGUACUUUAGAAUAAACAACACUCGGGAGGCGCUGAAGCCACAUCUCGUCAGAUUAAAACUACUGAUGUUGGUUUUUUUCCGAUUGGAAAUGAGUUAAUGACUUUCAAAUGGAAUCAGGAUAAUGCGCAAAAUGUUCAAGAUUAAAUUUUAUCGUCAUUUUUACUCUUUCACAGGAUUUGAAUAAAUUUGAGCUAUAGAAAAUUUGUUUUUUCGUGAUAUAGUUCAAAUAGGCUGUUUGCGAUUUGACUCUGAAACGUCUGGAGAUCAAGAAAACUUGAAUUUUUUUUGAGCUUGAGUUCUAGCUUGAAAGAGCUGAUUUUUCCUGUAAACAGAGAGUUUGGAUCCAGGGAAGGUCACUGUUCAAAUUUAAGCUCCAUAAAUCAUCCUAAAAACAAAAAUUCUCUUUAUGAAGACUACAAGGAUUAACUAUAAGUCAUCAGGAUAAGUUGGAAAAAAGAAGUUUUUAUACGUAAAUUUAUUCACUGGACAAGGUUAUAAACGGUUAUUUUUAAUCAUAGGACAUCAAAGCUCUGAAAAAAAAAACUGAGUUCCCAAGUUAUAUCAGAAGUUUUUUUAAUUCAGGGCAUUUAAAAAUUUAAAAAUUUUUGAAGUGAAUGAAAUGAAACAAUUUCUAGGUGUUCGAGCGAGUGGAGCACGACGAGCACGACGACAUGACCUAUGCCCCGGAAAUCCAGUCGGUAGAAAUCCCGCCCGACCAGCUCAGCGAGAACAGCGACAACCUGCUGGACUACUUCGACCACGUCGCUGCCGAAGGAGUUCAGGCUCAUCGUAAGAAUAAUUUCCUAUCAUCCCUGAAACACGAAAAACCAGAACAUUUUUCCUUUCAGCGUUCACAAAUUUCCCGCAAGGGACACUCAAGAAGAAUGAGCCGGUAAGACUUUCAGAAUAUUCCUAAAAUAAUAAUUCCACAAAAGUUCGACUAGAAACUAAGCUUUACCUCUACUAAGCCGCUUCUGCCUUUACUUUCAGUGGAUGUUCAACUAACUGCAACUUCCAAGCUUUAGCUUCUUCAGGCGAAACAAGAAAUCUAACAAAAACCUCUGUUUUGCGACAUUUCUUUCGAUGUGUCACAUAUGUUUCUCGCAUCCCCAGUCACCCACUCAUCAGCGCCAUAAAAAAGCAAAGUUGAACUUUCAUUCGAAACUCAGAACGUUCCGAAGCGCAUGAAUCGAUAACUAAACUUAUUUUAUAGGUACAGGUUCUUUACUUGAGACUUUGAAAUUUUUGAAAAUUGACUCUCUUCUAUAUAUUGCUUGAAACUUCUGGAAUUUUUUUGAUUUCCGCUGAUUUCUAAUUUUUCAAAAUUCCUAGUCAAUUUAUAGUCGAUAUAGUCAAUUUUUUUCCCGACUCGAAAGGCGAGAGUCAAAGGUAAGGAAAAAAAUGAAGAAAGAAAAAAACUAAUUUUUUUCUAUAAUUUUUCACAUUUUUUUAUUCGUUCAACUGAGUUUUUUUCAAACCCAUAAAAAAAUUACAAUUCAUUGGAAACUUUCAAAAGAAGAGAAAAAAAUCGUUUCGUGUUGGACCUCGAGGUCUCCGUCAAAAGCCGCUUCGCACACGCAACGCGUCGCCCUUGUUAAUGUACCCGUCUCGCCAUUCAAGUCGAGAAGGAUCGACUAAAAAUCUAAAAUUUCGUUAGCCAAUUAUAAGAAUCUCAUAGUUUUUGAAUAAAGUCUCUUCCCUUUUUAAGAUCAAUACUUGAUAAAAAUUAAUAUCAACUAAUUCUCAAUGUAUUUUCUGACAAUGUUCUAGAUGCUUUUUGUUUAGACAGCCGAACCCAGUGGCUCUAGCCUGAAACCAGUCGGCCGGGUAAGCAUGCGCAAUCUUUUCUUCAUUUAUUUGUGUAGUUGUGAAAUUGUCUCCAUUGUUUUUGUUCAGUUUGUCCUGUGAGAAUCUAAUUAAGGGUUUCUGAUCCUCUUGAGAAGAGAUCUUAUUUUUAGGCACCCCAGAUCCUGCCAGCUUUUGGCAAUCGCGCCGCCAGCAGCUCUUCGCUGGCCUCUGGACGGUCCGGCAGAUCCGGCCGAAGUCCAUCUGGAUUCAGCAGCGACGCCUACCCUCACCAUGUACGUGUUCUGAUUUUGAAGUAAAAACGAAAAGGACAUUUUGAAACUAUCUAGUACUGUAGAGUGAUGUUAGUUAGCUAUUAUUUCAGAAAAAAAAAUGGACUUUUUCUUCCCUCAAAAAAGAAAAUAGACUUACUUUACUUUGAGCUUAAAAAAGGAAUCCUUUUAUGAGAUUUUUUGUGACUUCUGACGUUGACGGAUUCUACUCCAUUAAACGACAAACCAAUGAUAGCCAUUUACAAGACCUCAUCCAAAAGUUAUUUUGAAGCUCCGGAAGCAGUCGUCGGUGCUGUCCGUCCUGGGAGUGACGUCCAUGCAAGAGAUGCUUCUGACGAUCACGAGCCUCGACUCUCUGUCCGACGCGAUGCGCCGUGCUGGCCUCGAAACGACCAACAUGAUCUUCGGAAUCGAUUACACGGCUAGCAACAAAUACCAAGGAGAGGACUCGUUUGGCGGACGUUCCCUGCACACAAUCCAUCCCAACGUCAAAAAUCCCUACCAGCAGGUUUGAGAUUAGGAUUGAAAAAAAAAAAGAAUUUCUAUAAAUCUAAAGAGUUGGCGGAGAAAAUGAAUAGAGUGAAACAGAAAAAGGCGUUUUGUGGGAAAAAAAAUCCAGAUUUUCACUGGGAGUUAUCGGAGUUUCCAGCAUGAAAAAAAAAAUAAGCCUUAAGUUUUAAUAGACACAACCUUCCUACUUUAUCUUUGAUGGGAAGAAAGGAGCUUUAAAUAUUUUUCAAGGCAGCUAUUUCUGUAUAUUUCUAUUUAGAAUGAAGAAAUUUGUAAAUUUCAGGUUAUCACGAUUCUGGGCCGGACUCUGGCUCCAUUCGCGAGUACCGGAAGAAUAGGAGUUUACGGUUUCGGAGAUGCCAAGACUGGCGACUGGGCCACGUUCCCAUUGAAACCCGAUGGCGACUGCUACAGUCUGGAUGAAGUUUUGAAGUUAGAAAGCACAAAACGAAGUCUGGAUUAUAAUUUCUCUAUUUCCGAGUGUACAACGAAGUGACUCCGACCGUGGCGCUCAGUGGGCCUACGAACUUUGCUCCGCUCAUUUACCAGGCCAUGGAAAUUUGCCAGAAGUCUCGUGAUGUGAUUUUUGUGAGAAAUGAAAAAUGAUGAGGGAUUUUCAUUGCAGUAUCAUAUACUUGUGAUUAUCGCCGAUGGACAGGUCACCAACGAAAAAGCGACGCGACGCGCCAUCGUCCAAGCCUGUCAGCAUCCGCUGUCCAUCAUCGUCGUCGGAGUCGGCGACGGUCCUUGGGACAUGAUGAAGGUGGGAAAUCUUUUUGGAUUGACCUGUUGGUCGCACUGGGAAUGGCUCAAGGUGUAACGGCUGCACGAUGAGGUUGGUUGGUACCAAAAAAGGGAGUGCUUGUAUUGAAAACCUAGAAAAUAUCAAGUCCAAGCUAUGAAGAUCUAAAAAAAAAUCAUAGAGGAAGCUAUCCACAGAGCGUUGUUGGCGACGGAGUUCGCUGCUUGACGUUCAAAAUCUGAACAUACUAAACCGCUCAAAGCGUUUCAUCCGAAUUGCUCGGCAUCCUUAAUUUUCAAAAAUUCACAGGUCUUUGACGAGUCACUGCCGAAAAGACCCUGGGACAACUUCCACUUUGUCGAAUUUCAUGAGGUCGGACUUCUUCUCAGAGUUCUUGAAUAUCUCCAAUCUUCAGAUCAUGAAGCGCACGAAAUCGAUGGAAGAAGGCGACGUGAAACUGGCAGUUCAGUCUCUGCUCGAAAUCCCCGACCAAUAUCGCUGCGUCUGUGAACUCGGCCUUUUGACCCGGUCGAUCCCGCCGAGAGGCAGCGAAAUCCGCCGACAGCUCAUGCACAACCCGUUGUAG